GUGUGUUUGGAGAGUUCAUCAUCAAGCUCUUUUUUUUUUUAAGUAAAUUUUAUAUUGCAUUAGAGUUAGGAAGUAAAUUUAGCAGUAGUAAUGGAGGUGGAGAAUGUGUUGGCCAUGAAGGGCGGCCAUAAGGAUUCUAGUUAUACUGUUAAUUCUCUCUCAGUUCAGAUAAAGAUGGUUCGGGCUGUGAAACCAAUUCUGGAGCGUGGAAUUCAUGAAAACAUGAGAUUGAAGCUCAAUGAAGGAAGCAUAUUUAGGAUAGCAGAUUUCGGGUGUGCGACUGGGUGGAAUACUCUUCUUGUAGCAGACACCAUCGUCAGAGCUGUGCAAUGCACAAUUGCAGAAGGGGAAGAGGCAGAAUUUGUAGUUUAUUUUGUUGAUCUUCCCUCAAACGAUUUCAACUCACUGCUCCGAAUGAUGCCUCCAACCCAACAAGUCUGUGCGUAUGCAGAAAACGAUGGUGAUAACAAUCCAGUGGCUGCAAGAUCUUACUUUGCAGCGGCUGUUUGUGGGUCACAUUUCAGACGUCUAUUCCCAAGGAAAACCCUGCAUAUCUGCCAUUCUUCUCUCAGUCUCCAGUGGCUUUCAAAGGUGCCAGAGAGUGUUCAACAGACAAGCUCUCCUCAUGUGUAUGUUUCAAGCGAUUGUGAGGAGGCAGUGGGAGCUGCAUAUCUUCAGCAAUUUGACACAGACUUCACAUCGUUUUUAACUGCUCGGGCAGAAGAGACAGUUGAUGGGGGGUGCGUGUUUAUAUCCCUGGUGGGUCGAAAUGGAGGGACACACAUAAUGGAAGAGCAAGGAACACUAGGAGAUAUUGCUUGUCACUUUGAAUAUGCAUUCCAGGAGCUAGUGAAUGAGGGUUUUAUCGAGAAGGAUAAGUGGGAAUCCUUCAAUCUACCCUGGUUCGGUCCAAGUCCGGAAGAGUUGGAGAGCAUAGUUAAGAGGCAAGGGGCGUUCAGGCUGGAGAGUGUAAGGGUUUUGGGAGAAUUUCCUUUGCAUUCCAUGACAGAGGUGAGCAGAGGGGAGGAGGAGGAGGCGUUUGGGAGAAGUGUAGCUAAUCAUUACAGAUCACUUUUUGAGAAUAUUGUGGAAGCUCAUUUGGGAUGUGAGCGUUUGACAGAUGAAUUCUUUUCUAGAAUUUGUAAAAGAGCAACUGAUAAGUUUGAGGAGUAUCUUUCUAAUCAAAUAGAAUUGGUUGUUGCCCUUCUCAUUAAAAAGUAGGAGCAUUCAGUUUGAAGAGUAUUUUUCCAAUCAAAUAGAAUUGGUUGUUGCCCUUCUCAUUAAAAAGUAGGCGCAUUCAAUUCGAAGAGUAUCUUUGCAAUCAACUAGAAUUGGUUGUUGCCCUUCUCAUUAAAAAGUAAGAGCAUUAAGUAUAAAGAGUAUCUUCAAUCAUAUAAAGUAUGAAGAGUAUUUUCAAUCAUAUAGAAUUAGUUUUGUAACAAUGACUUUGAAUAGUUGUUGUAUAUGUGCUUAUCCUAUGAAAAUGUCACCUAUAUUAUCUUCCAUCAUAAUGAAAUAAUAUUUCAUCUAUUUCUA